AACCAUAUACGGAGAUGCUGUUGAAAGAGGAAGUGUCUCAGGAGGUGGCCACGAUACCUAAAAAAUGACGCUGUAUUUUCCCAGCGUCACCAACAACACCGGCGUCACUGUUAAACGUAAUCACAGCUUCACAGACGUAUGAACACGGACACCGUUUUCAAAUUCUCUAAGUGUAUUUUUUGGUCGCCGAACGCUUGACGCAGCGUUUAUGAAAAGAACAGAGCCACUUUCUAAUCUUUCUUCUAGAGCCGCCAUGGAUUCCGUCAGGCUUCAAACGGCUCCGUCGUCCCUCCGUAGCCAACUGUUAGGUCAACCCGUACCUCAUCACAUUCCGCUACCUCCAUGUACUCGCCGCUGCGACGGCCGCAGCAACCUCCGAGCAAAACCGGUUAUCGGAAUCACUCGAUCUCGGAAUCAUGUCUCUCCAGUGGCCGUUAUUUUCCGAGACGAAACGCCUUUGGCUCCGCAAGAUCCGCCGGAUCAUCCUCCGCCACGUCUCAAGGUCUCUCCGAGUUCGCUGCAAUACCCGGCCGGUUACCUCGGUGCGGUUCCAGAGCGUACGAGCGAACCCGAGAACGGAAGCAUCGCGGAGGCUAUGGAGUAUCUGACGAAUAUACUCUCCACGAAGGUUUACGACAUCGCGAUUGAGUCUCCACUUCAAUUGGCCAAGAAGCUAUCGGAGAGGUUAGGUGUUCGCAUGUUUCUUAAAAGAGAAGACUUGCAGCCUGUUUUCUCGUUUAAGCUUCGUGGAGCUUACAACAUGAUGGUGAAACUUCCAGCAGAGCAAUUGGCGAAAGGUGUUAUCUGCUCCUCAGCUGGGAACCAUGCUCAAGGAGUUGCUUUAUCUGCUAGUAAACUCGGCUGCACCGCCGUGAUUGCUAUGCCUGUUACGACCCCUGAAAUCAAGUGGCAAUCUGUGAAGAAUUUGGGUGCUACGGUUGUUCUUGUUGGGGAUUCGUAUGAUGAAGCACAAUCAUAUGCUAAGAAACGAGCUGAAGAGGAGGGUCUGACGUUUAUACCUCCUUUUGAUCACCCGGAUAUUAUUGCUGGACAAGGUACUGUCGGCAUGGAGAUCACUCGUCAAGCUAAGGGUCCAUUACAUGCUAUAUUUGUCCCCGUCGGUGGUGGUGGUCUGAUAGCUGGUAUUGCCGCUUAUGUGAAGAGAGUUUCUCCCGAGGUGAAAAUCAUUGGUGUUGAACCGGCGGAUGCAAAUGCAAUGGCGUUGUCGCUGCAUCACGGUGAGAGAGUGAUACUAGACCAGGUUGGGGGUUUUGCAGAUGGUGUAGCAGUCAAAGAAGUUGGCGAAGAGACUUUCCGUAUAUCCAGAAAGCUAAUGGAUGGUGUUGUUCUUGUCACCCGUGAUGCUAUAUGUGCAUCAAUAAAGGAUAUGUUUGAGGAGAAAAGGAACAUAUUAGAACCAGCAGGGGCUCUUGCGCUCGCUGGAGCUGAAGCAUACUGUAAAUAUUAUGGCCUAAAAGACGUGAAUGUUGUAGCCAUAACCAGUGGUGCAAACAUGAACUUUGACAAGCUGAGGAUUGUGACAGAACUCGCCAAUGUCGGUAGGCAACAGGAGGCUGUUCUUGCUACUCUCUUGCCGGAAAAACCUGGAAGCUUUAAGCAAUUCUGCGAACUGGUUGGACCAAUGAACAUAACCGAGUUCAAAUAUAGAUGUGGCUCGGAAGAGGAGGCUGUUGUUCUAUACGGUGUUGGAUUGCACACACCCGGAGAGCUCAAAGCACUAGAGAAGAGAAUGGAAUCUUCUCAACUCAUAACUUACAAUCUCACAACCAGUGACUUGGUGAAAGAUCACCUGCGUUAUUUGAUGGGUGGAAGAUCAAGUGUUGAAGACGAGGUUCUAUGCCGAUUCACCUUCCCUGAGAGACCCGGUGCUCUAAUGAACUUCUUGGACUCUUUCAGUCCACGAUGGAACAUUAGCCUUUUCCAUUACCGUGCCCAGGGUGAGACAGGCGCGAACGUGCUGGUCGGGAUCCAAGUCCUGGAGCAAGAAAUGGAGGAAUUUCGAAACCGAGCUCAAGCUCUUGGAUACGAGUACUUCUUGGUAAGUGAUGACAUCAAUUUUAAGCGUCUGAUGCAUUGAGUUUAAAGCUGUGAUGGAGGAAGCAAAACCGAGGAAGUAGAAGAUCCCAUCAGAAUCUUCCUUGUGUCCAUGGUUGUUCUCAGUCCCGGCUCUAACCCAUGGCCCAUGGUGAGACCUGGAUCCAACGCCCAGGUUUUUAUUUUUAUGUUUUAGUAUUGGAUAAGAAAGGCCCACGACCUAUUAUCUAUUUUCUUACAGCAAGCUUUUGAUCUAUUAUUAUCUUCUGUAUACAUAAACCAAGUAAGACCAUCUAUAUCUAUGUGAUUAACAUAAAGAGUUCAUACUCUAAAUUUAUUUUGCAUUCUACA